GGUCAACAACACAGCUGCACAGAGAAGCAAAAUGGCCGAUAGUAAACUAACCGAUCUCACAGCGCUUUGCAACCACCAAGAGGUUAUGCAUGUGUAGUUUACAGCGAAAACUACAGUCGUCCGAAAGGUUAUACGUUAACUGAAUAUGGCUAUUAUGAACAUUUCGCCUUUUGGUGAUGUUAUUUUUUAUUCGGUUUAGCCUUGAAAGCCUCGAACUACCGUUAGAUUGCUAAGCUAGCGUUAGCUAACUAGGUCUGCAAGAAUUUCAUAAAGUACUUUAUGUUGUGUGUGAUUCCUGAGGUGAGUAACUAAAACAUUUCACACUUUGUAACAUUAUGUUGUUUAUUACAGAGUUGUAAAAUAUGUGUGCUAUUGGGUUUUUUCUUACCUUGUUACGUUUCAUACGUUAUAAGCGACAGCUAGUUAGCGUUAGCCAUCUAGCUAGCUACAGAGAACGUCACCGAAGUUUUAUCGUAGCUUCUUUGGCCUUUUCAGUCACUUCAGUCCAGAAAUGACAGUUGAUUGUACAGACAAGUUAUGCUAUGAAGCAGUAUUGUUGUCUAGUGUGUAUGCAUGAAUUAUUUGAGAAACUCAAUCAAUUCAAUUAAAAAAUUGCACAACUAUUUUCGUUAGGCACGGAGUUCUCAGCUAGGUAACUGUAUAUCUGUGUAGCCGAUGUAAUGUAUGGGUAUUUUUAUUUAUUAUAUUUUGUAUUUGUUGUUAUUUUUAUGCAUGGCGCUUAGCUAUGGGAGCUGGUUAGCAAGCCAGUUGUACGUCGUGUUCCCCAGUUACAUGGCUUUACCUUUUUGGAGCGGUAGUUAACGACGUCAAAGUCGCUCGCACGAAAGCGCUAUCUUACAGCUAGUUUAUGUCUAUUAUUUUGACGAUUUAGCUAGCUAGGUUAACACACUUUUGGGUCGUUGCGUGACUUUAUUCACGGGGAGUCUGUUUCGUCCGUUUUUCAAGUCCACCGCUACCGGGUGUCCAGCUUGGGGCUUCUCUGUACUCGAGCUCGAGGCUGGAAUAGGCCUUUGCAAACGUCAGAGCGAGACCCCCAGUCAAGCUUCUACUAGCUAGCUAGCUGAUUUGUAUUAAGUGGCACUAGCUAGCAUAGCUAAUGUAGCUAGCUAUUAUGGGAAUUCUUUUUUUAUUAAAUGCUGCUUUAGAUCCACAUAUAACAUGGUUUAACUAGUCAAUAAAUAGCUAGUUUUUACUCUAACAUUAGAUUGCUAGCUAAUUAUUUUUAUCUGACAAACUUUACUGCUGUCCUUAAAUUGUAUUUACAGACUACUACUUCGCAAUUUGGACAAGCUCUUGUUCAAAUUGCCAAAAUGCCUUCCAUAGCGCGAACUUGCUUUGUUUUUGUUUCCCAUACAUACACUCAAAAGACCCCACAUUUUCAGCUUACUAGCGUUUUCAGUGGAGCGCUUUUGUAAAGCUGAGUCAAACGGGGGUCUAAAACUAAAUGCCACCCCGUGACACCUGACCUAUCUAGCCAACUAGCUCGCUCUAUCCUGCACACACUCACCUUCUCGCCAUCUCUACUAGCUCGCUAGGCCUUGGCCUACGUGAUAAUUACAUAUUUCUACUAGCAAACGGGUUCUCUUUUAUCGACCAGUCAGGUACUGCCCAGUCUUACAUUGCCUCUCUGUUGGUGUGCAUGUGUUGCAUGUUGGUUGGAGUUGUAAUCGUUUGCUUUCAGAUGAAUAAUUCAGGGUGGCUACCACAGACUUUUGCCAAGGUUGUCUGCUUAUUACUAUAGUUCUGACAUUAACUAAUUGUGUAAGAGUUCAUUUUGAUAAACUGUUGAUAAAACGUUUUAGGCAAGUUGCAGAAAAUGUAUUUAACUCGAUGUUGAUUCCUAUUGCCCAAUAGCAAUGCCCACAUCCAUUUAAUUGUGUUCCAGAUAGGAGAAUCAGGAAAGGGAACAGCCGUUCAUGGAAGACAAGAAAAAGAAGAAAGAGGAUAAAAAGAAAAGGGAAGCUUCCCAGAAGGUACAUGAUAUAAUAUCAACUUUUCAUCUGGAAAUUAGGCCUACAUAAUUCAGAGUGCUCUGGUAUGUUACUCAAAACAGAAUUAUUUGAUCCAGUUCCAUGGCCCAUUGAAAGUCAGAGCCACACUGUUCCGGCUGUGUUCUAGUUGAAGUCGUGACGGCAAUAAUUAUUUACUUGGCCUGCACUCCAUAGGUGCUUGUGGUAUUAGCGCUUGACAUUCAUUACGAUAAUCUGUGGGCUGUUUCAUGGCACUGACAGUCUUCUGUACUUUCAGGUGACUGAACAAAAAGUCAAAGGUAUGUUUUUGUUGUAUGUAGUCCUGUAUAUACAGCAUUUGUAACACCCCUUCCUUUCAUCAACCAAGAUAAUGAUGAGAGGAAAUAUUCAAGUUAAAUUAUGUUGCAUAGCAUUAUGAUUAGGAUGCAUUCCAAUGUUGAGCAGCUUUGACUUUAUUGACUUGGUUCAUUCUUUUCAUUUUCCUUAAGUGCCAGAAUCAACUAAGCCCUCCUCCACGCAGUCACUAGCCACUCCUGGCUCUGUGUCUCCCAGCCCUGGCCCCGCUCCACCAUCGUCCCCCUGCCCUGCAGCUGGGUUCGUUGUUCCUCCGGGCGGGAACAAUGCAAACCGGACGGCUGUGGCCAACGGACAGCCCCCCACCGGAACUCAGCCCACUCAGCGCUACAUGCCCAGAGAGGUGCCCCCACGAUUCCGCUGCCAGCAGGACCACAAAGUGCUUCUGAAGAGGGGCCAGCCACCACUGUCCUGCAUGCUGCUGGGGGGAGGCAGCGGUAGGGGAGACACACCCCCCCUUUCACAGGGAGAGGCCCCCAAUGCAACCACAUCUGGAGCCACAGGUGGGUCAACAUUGAAAUGAAAAAAUGUGGUUUGGAUCUGAAGUCGGCAGCAGAGUGAAUAUUCGUCCAAGUGUAAUUAACAUGCUGUUUUAAACCAAACACGGUCCUCAAGUUAACAAAGUAUGUUUGCUCAUUUUCUACAGAUCCCAAUCUGGGUUCACCUUCUCCUUCACCCCCUCACUCCUCACCCUCAUCUUCAGUCGCUGCUUCUUCUACUUCAACUUAUGCAAAUUCCACAUGGGGGGUGGGCUCUGGCAGCCAGCACCCCUCUCAGGGCUGGGAGAAGGUGAUAGUGGAUGGGAGUGACCUUGAGGAGUGGCCCAGCAUUGUGGGUGGGGGCAGAGCGGGUACCGAGGGAGCAGAGCUGAAUGGCCCCAACAACAUCAGUGCCUCACGGAGUGACAAAUGCACCCAACAGCAGCUGAGGCCAGGAGGAGCAGGAGCUGGGAGUUCAGACAGUCCCUCCCCACCCCACUCCUCCCCCUCGUCACUCACUGAAUGUGUCCUGUCUGGUGUCGUGUGGGGCUCUUCCAGUCAGCCUGGAAUGGGAGGGGCCGCGGCAGCAACAGCAGAGGGGCCAGUGCUCUACAAUUCCAAAGUCUCCUCUCUUCCUGGGACUCAGGAGAGCCCUCUUAGUGUGAACAGUGGGAUUCCUGGUGCCAACUUCAACCCUAAUGCCAACCCUUCAGCCUGGCCUGCCCUUGUGCAGGAUGGAACGACAGGGGUUGGUGCAGCUACCACCGAAGCUGUGCCCUCAUCCAUGACAACCUCCUUCUCUGCCAGUACCACACAUACUCAUCCACUCUCCUCUGUGAAUCAAGCUAUCCAUCAGCACCAACUCCAUGAAAUGCCUGGCAGGGAUGGAGAGCAUCUUCAUGGGGAUUGGGGGGGCUUGGGGCCGGAGCUCGGAGCAGGACCAAAUCAAGGAGGCAGAGAUCUUGUGGACAGUGGGGUUGUUGGAGGGAGCGGGAAUCUCUCUGCCUCUUCGUCCUCCUCCACAACCUCUUCCUCUUCAUGGAGAGCCUUGCCUCCCUCCUCCUCUAACCUCAACACAGGUGCCUCUAAGACUGACGGGUGGGACAGAGAAGGGGGAGAUGCAGCUCAGGGGCAGGAGGCAAACGUGUGGGACUUCGGCAGCCAAGGUGAGAAAGCAGGGUUGGCAGGAGAUGAGGCAUGGGUCAGGGGAAAUGAUGUUAGCUCAAAUACCCCAGUGGUAUCUCAGGGAGCAUGGGAUGGGGGUACAGAGGAGGGUUGGGGUGGUACACAGGGGUCGACAGGUGUCAGGGGUUCCAGCAACCCAGCAAUAGGAAGUAGCGGUGGAGGCGGGAGCAGCAAGAGCAGCAGCAGUGGAGGUAGCGGAGGCGGUGGUGGCGGCAUAUCCCAGGACUCUGCCUCACCAACGUUUGCUACUAUGACAAGAGCUUGGGACAAUCAGAAAGGGGUUGAUGCUGACGACGGAGUGGUGGGGGAAUGGGCAGGCCAAGGUGGCAGAAGAAGUGGAGGCCCCUCAUCCUCCAGUGGAGGAGGGUCCAGGGCUGGGAGUCACAAUCGGCACCAGGAGCAUUCCCGCCACCGAUCCAGCAACCCACCCCCCAACCCUGAAGUGGCCUUACAGAGCAUGCUCAGCCGGCCGGACCUGGAUCCCAGGGUGCUGUCCAACACCGGAUGGGGGCAGACCCAGGUACAGCAGAAUGUGGCCUGGGACCUGGAUACAGGAGCAGCCAGUCGAAGUGAGGGAAGCAGUUCCCCUGCAUUUCCAUCUCAAGCCGUGAAUUCUACUGGUCGGGCUUCUACUUACCCCGCAAGCAACAGCGCAAUUACUGAUCCAUCUGCUGGGGCCCACAUGCCUACUAUGAACACUGGUCCUGGCCCUGUACCUUCAAGGGGUGGCUGGGAUGACUGUGCUCCACCAUCCAACAUGCAGAAUUCUGCUGCCUCUAGGACGCCAGUGGAAGAUAUUGAUGGCAGCCAGGGAAAGACGAGUGGAGGCUGGGGCGACAUCAGUACUUCAAAGAGCCAAGACAAAGGCUGGGGCAAUGAGGAGCAGGAGGGGAGGGACCGCAGAGGGGGCGGUGGAAGUAACUGGAGAGAUUUUGGAGAACAGGGUGGCGGAAGAGGGAGUGGCUGGGGAGGUGGUCAGGAGGAGAAAGGGACUGCAGGGGGUUGGAAAGAGAUGGGUAGGGAGGGAUGGGGACAAAGAGGGGGAGGGGGAGGCGACUGGAUGCAGCGUGAACCCAAGACAGUCAGUGGAGGCUGGGGGGAAGGGAGGGGCAGAGGUGGAGGCAACACGGACAAGGGGUCUUGGGGUAACCUAGAUGAGGGAGGCCCACAGAGGGGUUCGGGAGGUGGAGGUGACAUGGGUGGCAAACCGCACCAGGACUGGAGCAUGAAGCCGCAUUCGGCACAGAUACCAAACAGCCAAGCGGCAACACUGAAAGCCCCAAAUCAACAGCAACACCAAUCACAGACCCAACAGCCACCAGGAGGCUUAGGCAGGUCAGGAGGUCCUCCCACCCAGAAUCAGAACCAAAGCUCAGGCUGGACUGCUGGCCCCAUCCCUCAGAUCCCCGUUGGGCCUGCUGAGGCUCCUGAGCCCAGCGGUUGGGAGGAGCCCUCCCCUCAGUCCAUCAGCCGCAAGAUGGAGAUUGACGAUGGCACUUCUGCCUGGGGCGAUCCCACCUGCUACAACAGCAAGAAUGUGAACCUGUGGGAUAAAAACAGUGCCCCCUCUGGUCAGCCACCGCCACUUCAAGGCCAUGCUCAACAGGGUCCACCAACAUCCGUACAACAGCCACCACCAAGGAGACAGCCUGGGAUCCCAGCUAACCGGGACUCAAACCCUGGCAAUGAACCUGGAAUGGGUAAGAGAUGCCAGAUUUUUUCCUUCAAUUGCCAAAAAUGUGAAUAUCCGGCAGAUUUUCUUAAUCUGGUAUUCUCUGUAUUACUAGGCCCAGGUAUGUGGGGAGGGGGUGGCAACCUCGCUGGACAAUCUGUGGAUAAUGGCACUGCUUCCUGGGGGCAGACUUCUGACGCACCAUCUGGCUGGGGAGACCCAGACGACUCAAGCAAAGCCGCUGGUUGGGGAAACCCCUCAUCCAAAUCUGGUGAGACACUUCAAUUAGUUUUCAUUGUAAGGCAAACGUGUUGUUGGUUGUUGCUCCUUAGGACAUUGCAUGACCCCUCUCUGCAUGUCCCAUAGGCUCAAAGUCAGUGCAAGAGAGCUGGGGCAAAGGAGAGGGCCCUGUUCCAGCCUCUCGACACUCCAGCUGGGAUGAGGAGGAGGACGUUGGUGGAGUUUGGAACAGCACAGGCUCCCAGGGCAGCAGCAACUACAACUCUGGUGGCUGGGGGCAAGGCCCCGGGGGAAGGCGAGGCAACCUCAAGGUAUGUUGUGAUUAGGGUCUGCUUGCUCAAUUUUGUUUUUAUGUCCUAAUCUGUUGAUCUAUGAAAGAUAUCUUUCUGAUUGAGGGAUUAUGUUUCGCUACAUUGUGUGUUUUGUUCCCUAAAGGGUGGAGGUGGAGACCACUGGAUGAACCCCAUGACACGACAAUUCCAAAAUAUGGGACUCAUGGUAAGCCCUUUUAUGUCUCGGAAGAAAGGAUGGUGAUGAUGCAUUUUAUCUGUUGAAGGGUAGGUAGCAUAAACAUAACCACAUGUAACAUAUGGAUUUGCAUUAGAAUACGCAUCAAAAGUCCCAAUGCAAAGUUUCACCUCAGUUUUUCUGUUUUUCAAGUUAUUACAUAAAACUGAUCAGAAUGCCGAAGUCAUGCCGGAAAAAACAUUUGAGGGGUGUGACAUAAUAUGGAGGACCCGGCAAGGCAGCCUAUUCCCUAUAAUGCAAACCUUCUGCCUAUUGGCUACUUAGCUUAUUCCAGCCUGUGUCGUUUUGUGCUCUUGUUGGAAGCAAUCACUCUUCUAUUGCUGACUACAAAUGAUCUAUAACUGGGCUAAUAACUCACUAACUAGCAAAGGAUAUGAACAAAAUGUGGCAACAUGCAGCUCUCGCUUUGAUCUCAAAACAAGCCCAUCUACUCAUGACCGCUCAUGCUGUAAACACAGUCCAGUUCAAAGUAAAUGGCACAGAUCUAUAUAUGGCAAUGGUCUAUUUGCCUAUAGAGCUACUGCAGUUCUGAUUUAUGUCGCACUGGUACGGGCUGAGUAGUGCGUGUCAAUGCAAUAGAAUUCUACUCCAAUGCGUUCUGCCUACAACAAAAUCUCUUACAUAGUUCGUUUUUGUUUUGGUAUGUUGCAUUGAAGCGGCUAAUAUUGCGUUGAUCACAAUUGCCACAGUAAAGGGAAACGUUGAUAGUGUUAACAGGGAAAACUCUAGACACACAGUGGUCACCAACCUUUUUUGAGUCAAGAUGUAAGCCGAAAUCUACCGCUCAGAUAAAAAUAAAAUAAAAACGUAUUUAAAACGUAAGCCUAUGCAACAUUAACCAAUUAAAAACAUUACUGUAGCAAUCAGGUUUGUGCAGUAAGCUAUAGGCCCAAUACAUUAUCACCACAUAUUGGCUUUGCUUGAAUUGCCCUGCCAUUGCAUUGUUGUUUGGGACAUUUUUGAGGUAGGCUGUAUGAGCACACCGGUAAUAGAUCCGUUGUUGUAUUACUUGAGGCACAGCUGAGUGAGCAUACAUUUAAAUAAUUAGCAUUGACAUUUUAUUUUACUGGGCUGAUGGUGCCUGCAUCUGAUGGUCAGUCUCAGCGGAGGGAGAGAGCAGCAGACUGAGGGUCCGCCUCUCAACAUCCCUCCGCUCUCCAUUUCCUCCACUGACACUGACCAAAAAGGGACACCGUCUUCCAGCUGAUGGCGAAACUGGAGUCGCACCGCAUAAUUGCACAAAUUCAUGUUACUCCUAUGAACAGAGUGAAAUAUUCCUCGAUAUUAAAAACGACCUAAGCCGCUAAAAAUAACGCAAGCCUACAGAUACUUUCCUACUCAUCCAUUACUGCUGCAGUGCUUGUUGUAGAGCUGAGUGGAAAUGGGAAGAACGCUCAUUUUAUGGCUUGUAAAAGUGUUGAAUACAAAGUGUUGACAGCGCUGAGGUAAGAACUUAAAUAUGAACUCACUCAUAAAAACAAUCUCUUUUGCUGUAUUCGUUGAGUCUCUCGCUAGUCAUGGUUUUAAACGUUUUGAAAUCUCACAGUAUCAACUUUGCUGUAGUUUCCUUUUAUGCCUGCUACGUUACUGUAGACACGGUCAUCUGAGCCAUCCGAUUGGCCAGCGGUAGGCCUAUAGUGCACUUGAUUUGCUCUCUGGGCCCGCCGGGAAGGCUGAGUUUGUACCUUCAGACACAUGAAAUGGUUCAAAAUGGCAACAGUUUGCCUACCCGGCGCGCUGACCAGCUGAAUCGGGUGCACCUACCACCAACAGCCCGAGACGAAACAAAAAAAAAAAAAGGAACACAACGCUUUAUCGUUGGGUCUUUUACAGAAAUGUUUGGCGAUCGACUAGUAAUGCCUUGGCGAUCGACCGGUUGGUGACCACUGCUCUGCUUCUCUCUGUGGGCUGAUAUUUCUGCGCAGCAGUCCCGGGGGAGCUGUGCUGCAGUCUUGGAGGGAACAUUGGUUAGCACUGCUUGAGUCAGCCAGUUGCUGUCAACACCUAGCUUACAGCUACAUUAAAGUAAACCAAAGUUUUGGAAAUACAUAAUGCCAUCUAACCAGUUAUCAAGUAAUGUUAGCAGUAUAUGCAGUUCAUAACAAGCCAGUUUAAAAAGUUAGUAAUUUUAGCCUGCUAGCUAGCCUAGCCGGCUAACUAGCCUAGCUAGCCAAUCACCACGGCCGACAUGGCUAAGUAGUAAGCCAGAGAACAACUAGUCUAGCACGGGGAGGAACCCACAGUACAUGACAAAAAAGCCAGAGUGGAGACUUAACAAUUGACGGCUGAGUUAGCUAUCAAAGAGACAAGGAGAGGACUUCAGAGGGAGAGUCCGCUAGCUAAUCGAAUAGCGAUAUAGUGAGGUAAAUCUACAUUGAAUUUACACGGUUUAUCUCAUCACUGCUGACACUAUGUACCGGUAGGAAAUAGAGCAGAGAUCAUCAACUAGAUUCAGCCGCGGGACGAUUUAUUUAAUUUUUUUCUUGAGUGGAUGGUCGGGGGGCCGGAACAUAAUUACAAAUAAUUUGUAGACUGCAAAUUGACCACGAUAAGCCCAAACCGAUAUAAUGUUUGACUAAAACAUAAUCAUUUCAAACCGUGCUUACAUUUUUAUACGAUCACGUGUCUCUUUAUUAUGCGUGGGAAUACUUGAACAGAUUUCCAAUUUUUUAAAUCAUUUGGAACUGUUUUACUGGUAUUUUUAGUCUUAUGUCCAACAAUGAACAAUACAAAUAAAUAAAUAAAUAAAUAUAUAUAUACUACCAGUCAAAAGUCUGGACACACCUACUCAUUCAAGGGUUUUUCUUUAUUUUUACUAUUUUUUACAUUGUAGAAUAAUAGUGAAGACAUCAAAAUUAUGAAAUAACACAUAUGGAAUCAUGUAGUAAACAAAUGUUAAACAAAUCAAAAUAUAUUUGAGAUUCUUCAAAUAGCCACCCUUUGCCUUUGACAGCUUUGCACACUCUUGGCAUUCUCUCAAGCAGUUUCACCUGGAAUGCUUUUCCAACAGUUUUGAAGGAGUUCCCACAUAUGCUGAGCACUUGUUGGCUGCUUUUCCUUCACUCUGCGGUCCAACUCAUACCAAACCAUCUCAAUUGGGUUGAUGUCGGGUGAUUGUGGAGGCCAGGUCAUCUGAUGCAGCACUCCAUCACUCUCCUUCUUGGUAAAAUAGCCCUUACACAGCCUGGAGGUGUGUUGGGUCAUUGUCCUGUUGAAAAACAAAUGAUAGUCCCACUAAGCCCAAACCAGAUGGGAUGGCGUAUCGCUGCGGAAUGAUGUGGUAGCCAUGCUGGUUAAGCGUGCCUUGAAUUCUAAAUAAAUCAGUGUUACCAGCAAAGCACCCCCACAACAUAACACCAGGGAAAUACACAUGCAGAGAUCAUCCGUUCACCCACAUUGCGUCUCACAAAGACACGGUGGUUGGAACCAAAAAUCUCAAAUUUGGACUCCAGACCGAAGGACCCAUUUCCACCGGUGUAAUGUCCAUUGCUCGUGUUUCUUGGCCCAAGCAGGUCUCUUCUUAUUAUUUGUGUCCUUUAGUAGUGGUUUCUUUGCAGCAAUUCGACCAGGAAGGCCUCAUUCACACAGUCCCCUUUGAACAGUUGAUGUGUAUGCUACUUGAACACUGAAGCAUUUGUUUUGGCUGCAAUUUCUGAGGCUGGUAACUCUAAUUAACUUAUCCUCUGCAGCAGAGGUAACUCUGGGUCUUCCAUUCCUGUAGCGGUCCUCAUGAGAGCCAGUUUCAUCAUAGCGCUUGAUGGUUUUUGCGACUGCAUUUGAAGAAACGUUCAAAGUUCUUAAUUUUCCGUAUUGACUGACCUUCAUGUCUUAAAAUAAUGGACUGUCGUUUCUCUUUGCUUAUUUGAGCUGUUCGUGCCAAAAUAUGGACUUAGUCUUUUACCAAAUAGAGCUAUCUUCUGUAUACCCCCCUACCUUGUCACAACACAGCUGAUUGGCUCAAACGCAUUAAGAAGGAAAAAAUUCCACAAAUGAACUUUUAAGAAGGCACACCUGUUAAUUGAAAUGCAUUACAGGUGACUACCUCGUGAAGCUGGUUGAGAGAAUGCCAAGAGUGUGCAAAGCUGUCAUCAAGGCAAAGGGUGGCUAUUUGAAGAAUCUCAAAUAUAAAACACUUUUUUUGUUAAUACAUGAUUCCAGAUGUGUUAUUUCAUAGUUUUGAUGUCUUCACUAUUAUUCUACAAUGUAGAAAAUAAAGAAAAACCCUUGAAUGAGUAGGUGUCCAAACUUUUGACUGGUACUGUGUGUGUGUGUAUAUUUCUCAGCAAAAAAAGAAACGUCCUCACUCUGUCAACUGCGUUUAUUUUGUAAAUAUGUGUAUGAACAUAACAAGAUUCAACGACUGAGACAUAAACGAACAAGUUCCACAGACAUAUGACAUAAAGAAAUGGAAUAAUGUGUCCCUGAACAAAGGGGGGGGGGUCAAAAUCAAAAGUAACAGUCAGCAUCUGGUGUGGCCACCAGCUGCAUUAAGUACUGCAGUGCAUCUCCUCCUCAUGGACUGCACCAGAUUUUGCCAGUCCAGUUUUCUUGCUGUGAGAUGUUACCCCACUCUUCCACCAAGGCACCUGCAUGUUCCCGGACAUUUCUGGGGGGAAUGGCCCUAGCCCUCACCCUCCGAUCCAACAGGUUCUAGACGUGCUCAAUGGGAUUGAGAUCUGGGCUCUUCGCUGGCCAUGGCAGAACACUGACAUUCCUGUCUUGCAGGAAAUUACGCACAGAACGAGCAGUAUGGCUGGUGGCAUUGUCAUGUCAGGAUGAGCCUGCAGGAAGGGUACCACAUGAGGGAGGAGGAUGUCUUCCCUGUAAUGCACAGCAUUGAGAUUGCCUGCAAUGACAACAAGCUCAGUCCGAUGAUGCUGUGACACACCGCCCCAGACCAUGACGGACGCUCCACCUCCAAAUCGAUCCCGCUCCAGAGUACAGGCCUCGGUGUAACGCUCAUUCCUUCGAUGAUAAACGCGAAUCUGACCAUCACCCCUGGUGAGACAAAAUCGUGACUCGUCAGUGAAGAGCACUUUUUGCCAGUCCUGUCUGGUCCAGCGACGGUGGGUUUGUGCCCAUAGGUGACGUUGUUGCCGGUGAUGUCUGGUGAGGACCUGACAACAGGCCUACAAGCCCUCAGUCCAGCCUCUCUCAGCCUAUUGCGGACAGUCUGAGCACUGAUGGAGGGAUUGUGCAUUCCUGGUGUAACUCGGGCAGUUGUUGUUGCCAUCCUGUACCUGUCCCGCAGGUGUGAUGUUCGGAUGUACUGAUCCUGUGCAGGUGUUGUUACACGUGGUCUGCCGCUGCAUCUUUCUUUUGGUGUUUUUCAGAGUCCGUAGAAAGGCUUCUUUAGUGUCCUAAGUUUUCAUAACUGUGACCUUAAUUGCCUACCGUCUGUAAGCUGUUAGUGUCUUAACGACCAUUCCACAGGUGCAUGUUCAUUAAUUGUUUAUGGUUCAUUGAACAAGCAUGGGAAACCGUGUUUAAACCCUUUACAAUGAAGAUCUGUGAAGUUAUUCUGACGAAUUAUCUUUGAAAGACAGGGUCCUGAAAAAGGGACUUUCCUUUUUUUGCUGAGUUUAUAUGUGUAUGUAUGUGUAUAAUGUUUUUUGCUCAGAAAACUUGGCCCAAAUAAGGCUGCCAGUUGGGGAACCCUGAAAUAGAGCUAGCAGGCUUCACAAAUAACACUCGGCACAGCACCUGGUUUCAGUCAGUCUUAUUCCGGAUCCUGCCUUCCACUGGUUAUACUAAGCCAUCGAAGUCCUCCGGGGUGAAAUGAGCACCGCAUACAGUGGAUUCCCAUAUUCCACCAAACACACAGGAGGAGAUGCGUUGCAGUUCUUUGCAUGAAUUUAUGUGUCGUCUUCGUGGAUUUACAUAGUAUCUCACCAUGGUUUGGAAUGUAAUUACAUGCUAGCAUAGCUAGUAGCUAACGUUAGCCAGCUGGAACUAGCUAGGUAGCACCGAUUCUCCAUAUGAUGUUGAGAAAUGGGUAGUUCCGAAGAUAUACUUAAAUAAGUUAAUAAAUGUUUUAAACGCUAAAACAUAACCAUGUUUGUAGUUAACCAGAUCGUGACUACAACUAAGUUACUAAGUCUUUGACCACACUGUUGUUACUUUGGUGAGUAAAAACUCAUGCUUCCUACUAUUUUUAAUAGGGCGAGGACUUGAGUCUUGAUAAAAAGCUGGAAGGAGAUAAGAGAGGGAUGAACGACUACAGCGGUGAAAUGCGGAGGAGGAAGAGGUGGAGGAGGCUACCGUAUGCCCAGUUCCAAAGACAUGGGGCCUGGAGACAUGGGGCCUUACAGUGACAAGGUAUUAGAGUCAUACUCCUGUCAAAGGGUUCAAGGUGCCCUAGAAGCUGUGCUAAGCAAUGUUUGCAUGGUCCGUCGAUUGGCCUAGGUGGAGGAGGCUAGACAUGUUGACGUUAUCAUUAGCUAGCCAGCUAACAUCAACUACCUUUUUCUGUCAACUAACUUUAUAGAUAUUUUCCUUUUAUCAGCUCUCACUGUUCCUUUUUAUAAUUUCAUAUUUAACUGUACUCUUCUGUAUAUCCAUCAUUCCAGAUGGGUGGUCAUGGUGUAUUUGGUGGCAGCGGUGGGAUGCCUCAGCCUCGGGGAAUGCACCAGCCUGGGAUGCAUCCCAUGAACCCUUCCCAAGGGUUACGCGGACAAGUGCCUCAUCAAUUCUUGUCUGCUCAGGUGUGUUACCUGUGUACCUCAUGAAUAUUAAUGUUGUUUAUUUUGAAAGUUGUUCCACGUUGGGUAUGAGCAAGUGCUAUAACAGUCAAGAACAAUAUAUUUUCUAGCUUGUCCUUCUUAGAUCACCAUUUUGGAAUAUUGGCCAGGUUGUCUAACAAAACUCUACAUUCUAUAUCCAAGAGAGCAUUUUUCUUUAUCCAGUGUCCACAAUGCUAAUACACAUGUUGAUGCUUCAUUUUUGAAUUAUUGUAUUUCACAUUGCAGGUGCCGGGCCCUAUGCUAAAGCAGGUUCCCUCUCCUGGCAGCAGUGUUGGAGGUGUCGGCGGAGGGGUGUUCCCACCUCAGCUCUCCCCACAGCAACUUGCCGUGCUUAGUAACAUUUACCCCCAUGUGCAGCAGUUCCACCUGGUAAAUAGUCUCUGCCUCGGUGUUGUAGUUCAGGCUGUCUGUGCAAUCAGCACCAUUUUAUCACAAUUUUCCAAGUUGCUCAGUAAUUCCUUCUGACUUCAAAGAAUCUUGUAUGGAUUGGAUAUCAAGUAAUAUUCCACUGUAAAACUGCUACUACACUGUCUCUCUCAGUGGAAUACAAUAGUCAAACUACUUACAAUGCCUGCCAACUCCCAUACCUUCCUCCACCCCCCCAGGCUUGUCAGCUCCUUCUGCAGCAGCAGCAGCAACAGCAGCAGCAGCUCCUGCAGAACCAGAGGAAGUUCCCCCAGCCCCAGCCUAUACGCCAGCAGCCUGAUCCACAGCAGGUACUGAACGUCCCAUAGUAGUGUAGUGCCUUAUCACUAUACACAUAGCAGUUCAGACUAAUUUAAAUAUUAGAUGCAAUAGUUGUGCUAGACUUUCAGCAUGUAGUAGCUUGCUAACCAGCUUGUCGUUAGUCUCUUGAUGCAGUGUUUUGGUUGUGUAUGUAGUUUUCAAUCUUUUCUCUUCUUAGCUGGCUAGAAUCAUGGCUAUUCUGCAACAACAGAGACAGCAACAACAGGGAGGGGUAGGCGGAGGCAGUGGGAGCUCCAAACUGUCCCCAUCUCAUCUUGGAGGGGCACCAAAACAGCCGAUGGCAGACUCCAUGCCCCACCCUGGUAUGGGUGGGCCCUUGUCAGAUCUUCAUGCCAAAACACAUGGGAUGUACUCUGGUAAGUUGCUUAGGUUUGGGCUUUGUUAUUAUCUCUCCAACAUCUCAGUCCAAUUUGUCAGUUUAGAGCAGUCUGCUCAGUAUGAGGUCAAAGGCAAGGCAUCACUAAAUCAUGUCCAACUAAUUUGUGUAAACAGUAGCUCAUAUAUCACUGUUGCCGUGACGAAAGUGUUUCAUUUAAAUCACCUAGUCCCUAUUCCGUGGUGUUCGAUUUCAGGGGGAUUACACUGGCCCAAGUUUUAUCAACACAGCCAUCACCUUUGCUCAUGACUGCAUUGAAUGAACCAUCAGGCUGUGACAUCUGACCAUGUUUUUUCCCGGUAUCUCAGGGCUUGCUCCCAGAGGCAAUCUGUCUGGGCUGGAGCUGGGCUCCAUGGUGGGGGGGGUGAAGGAUGGGAGGAGGGCAGCAGUCCCGCUUCAAAUGGAUGAUGGAGGGUCACUCUCCGGCCCCCUCUCCCCCAGAUACAGCCCAACACAAGAAUGGUGAGUCAUUAAAAUCCAAUGGCUUGCUAUUGAGAUACUAUUGACAUGAAUAAUCAUACCAAUAUAAAGCCAUAAAAGGAAAUGACAUGUCAAACUGACCAAAAUGAUUUGUAUUUCUGUUUUUGUCUUGUGUGCUAUUGCAGGUCCUUUACCCAUGCCCAUGAAAGUUCGAGGGGGCUCCCCAUAUUCACAGUAUGAGUUGCUUGGGGUUGAUGGUUUGGGAAUGCCCCCUCAGGGCCCCUCUGACAACUGGCACCGUACCCCUGGAAGCAAGAUGGGCACCAUGACUGGGACAUCCAGCUGGCCCCCAGGUAACUUGCUUUCAGUACCCCAAGUGCCCAAUGCACAAUUUAAAUGCACAUAUGAAACAUUGCAGUAGCAAAGAAUGUCAAUAUUGCCAAGCUCAGUAGUCUUCCCUGUGGUUUCUGCGGUGACAGAGUUCCAGCCCGGAGUGCCCUGGAAAGGAAUCCAGAGUGCCGACCCGGAGUCUGACCCUUACAUGACCCCUAGCAGUGUGCUGGGCUCCCCUGGACCCUCCAGCCUCAGCGACUCUGACCACCAGUUACUGCGAGACAACACAGGUACUCGCUGUGUAAUCACUGCUUCUGUAUAAGUAUUGAAUGAGAUUAAACCUAUUGGCACACCUAGGGCUGUUGCGGUGAAUGUAUUACCGCCACACCGGCGGUCAUGAAGGCAGUCAAAUUCCACGUGACUGUUUAGUCACGGUAAUUAGGCUUCACCAAGCUCUGAUGCUGCUGAUGGUCAUUAGUAGCCUACCAAACUUGCUAAUUACCUGGUACUCAGCACUCUAUUGUCCCUGGAAUCACUCUGACAUCAAUGCAAAUAAUUUUGAAAAUCUAAUCAAACACUUCAUGAGAGCCCAUGAGCUCAUGUUGCGCAACAUUUCAAUUGGCUAUGCAAUUGCGUGAGAAAAUAGAGGAGGAUCAGCUUUCUAUAGGUUAGGCCUACUAUAUUUAUUUCUCAACUUUCCAAAUAUUACGCACAUUGCUUAUAUUUACAACAGGAGUAUAGCCUACCUGGCUGGCAUGAAAAUAAACCACGGGGAAAAGCAUCCUCCAUUCGCUAUUUAAGUGCAUAGAUGACAUGUAUUAUUUCUCGCUGCCCCUGUUUCGAUACAGGUGUAUGAUAAUGGUCCAUUCUAAAUCAAAACGAAUUUCACAAAUUAUAUGAUUUAUUAUAUGUAAAGACAAGAUUAAAUCAAGAAUAGUCUGAUGGGUGACAAUAUUAGCCUAUCACUUGUGAAUUAUAUAUUAUCACCUGUGAAUGAUAAGUGAAUGCCCAGCAUAAACAAUGCCUUUUUUUUGCGACUUUUUCUAAUCAUAGUCGCACACCUCAUGUAGCCUAGCUCAUAGGCCUAUAUGUUUUAAUAAGGUUUGUAUCACAACUAAAGUUGCCAAAUAACUUCUUUAAAAUUAAGCACAUUAAUCCGCUUUAGAGCCUAACUGGCAUACAUAAGCAGCACGUGAGUUUCAAGAUUGGGGAAGAUAAUUUUCCUCAUAAAAAUGCACCUUUUUAUAAUACAAGCAUUACAUAAAUAAUUGCAUUUGCGGUCAUUUUUGAUAAUGGUGUUUUUCCGCUAUAGAAUAGGUAGACUUUUGUACUAUUGGGGAUAGUAGAUUGACAUAGGCUAGUGCUUUUGGUGUUUGUUAGGCCUACUCAUCUUGUUGGCUGACGAAAAGUAAAUGUGGACAGUUCUUCCAAUAACUUCAAUAUGCACCUCGGAAUUGGAUAAGGACGCACACAGUUGCCUCCCCAAUGUGUUUGUCUUCACUUGUAGCCUGUGAGAAGGACCCGAUCACGUGAUGGAGCACGCAGCACUCCGGGAGAUUACAUUUUCUUCAUAUCAUGCUACUUUAGACCUGUCUAAAAUAAAUAAUGGAUUUAUUAUGGCCCCGUGUAGCUCAGUUGGUAGAGCAUGGCGCUUGCAACGACAGGGUUGUGGGUUCGAUUCCCACGGGGGGCCAGUAUAAAAAUUUUAAAUAAACUAAGUCGCUCUGGACAAGAGCGUCUGCUAAAUGACUAAAAUGUCAAUGUAAAUUGUGACGGUGUAGGCAAUAUUACAUGGAUCUAUUAGACUUUUUAAAAUGUAGAUAUUCCAAAGGUCUGCAUCAGUGGCUUGUAGGCUAUGUGUGGAAGCCAGGAGAUGCUAAAUGUGCUUAUGUUAAUUAACUGUCAAUUACUGUGAGACCGACAGUUAAUUGCUUGGUAAUCACUGACUGACUAAAUUUCGUGACCGCCACAGCCCUAGGCACGCCAUAUGUUGUAUUGCAGUAUUUCUUGACACAUUCUCUCUCGCUCGCUCGCUCACAGGGCCAAACCCCUCCCUCAACACCUUGCUGCCUUCACCAGGUGCCUGGCCCUACAGUGCCUCAGACAGCCCCCUUGGCAAUGCACACAGCACAGGUAGCGGCACUCUCUAAUAUAUGAACAGCUUUAAAGUCUCAUGUUUGAAAGAAUGAGCUUCUAACCAAAGCUCUGUAAAUUGAUAAUAUAUAAAAAUUAGCUAUAUUUCCCUUGGUCAUUUAUUUGGUAUGUUGAAAGUUGUGCUUGUUUCCUCAGCAAAGUACUCUGAGUACAAACCCAGCUGGCCCCCAGAGCCCAUUGGACACAACAAGCCGUGGAAGACCAAUCGCGUCAGCUCCCAGCUGCCACGCCCCCCUCCUGGACUGACCAGUCAGAAACAGGCCUUAACAUCCCCAUGGGGCAGCGGAGCCCCACGGUUGGCCAGGGGCUGGGGAGAGGGCGGAGCCAGUCAGGAUUCAAGAUUUGGGACAGGUAAUAUUAUAUCUCUGGAACAACCCUGUAGCGAUUUUUAUGUUUCCUGGCCAACUUGAUACGGAAACCAUUUAUAGCUGUUGGUUUUCAGAACUCAUUGUAGUAAGAUAUUUAUUAGAUACCCAUGUGUACACUCACUGGCUUUACAACAGAAAAAAGAUUCAAAGAGUACCCUUUGUUUCUGACUGCCCUCUCUCCUCCGUAGGCUCAGCGUGGAGUGAUGGUGUGGCCUCCAGAGGCAGCUGCUGGCUGCUGCUCAGCAACCUCACCCCUCAGGUACAGACAGGGAGAGAAUUGAUAAAGAUGUUAGCACUAGCACCAAUGAGUAGAAGGAUGAGGGGGGGAAAGGGGGCCCGGGGAUUAUGUUAUGGGUGAUUCAGAAUUUUAUGUUUUCUGACCCAUCAUCGAAGCGGAAUUUAUCACAGCUGUUAAACAAAAUGGCCAUUGAGAGAGGUGGGCAUGAAUUUGAAUACAUUAAAUAAUAAUUUCUUGUUCAUCAGCAUUCUCCUUUGGUGUAUCUUAUGCAAAUGAGCUGGUAUCAUGCGUGACCCAAGUGUUAUUGGAUUGUGAAGUUGGCUGAUCCAUUUAAUCAAUUAAGGAUUGCAUGAAUGGCUUUGGCAUGAAAGGGCUGCUCAGGGAAAAACAGGAUGGAAAAUGUUUAAUUCUACUGCCCGCCCUUUUACAGUCUCACACUUGCCCACCACAGACACACUGGUAUCUCAUUUUAAGUUUUCCGUUCCCGUACAGAUAGAUGGCUCCACACUACGGACUAUCUGUAUGCAGCACGGCCCCCUGCUGACCUUUCACCUCGGCCUGACUCAGGGCAGCGCCCUGAUUCGCUACAGCACCCGUCAGGAAGCAGCAAAGGCCCAGAGUGCACUGCACAUGUAGGCUACUACCCCUCGACACACUAACACACACCGGGCUGCUGCCUAGUGUCAUGCUUAACGCCUUUAAUAAAAGAUGUACAAAUGUGCUGAAAUGUAAUCUCCAUGCAGCAUGUUUUCAAAAGUAGUAAUUGCUCGAUUUUAUCAUUGCAAUGAUUAAUAUAUUUGUUGCAGUCUUGAGCAUUUUUUCAUUUACGCACACAAAGUACUUUCUUUUUAAAAACAAGUCUUCUCAGAUUAUAAUGCUGAAUCAGAGCCUGAUGACCAUUCAGUUAAUGUAAAAUGUCUACUACUUCACCUGUUUACUAAAGGACACUAGACUAAGCCAAUGGCCCUAUUUUUGUUUUCUCCAGGUGCGUUCUGGGUAACACCACAAUCCUGGCGGAGUUUGUGAGUGAUGAGGAAGUGGCUCGCUAUUUUGCACAUUCCCAGGUUGGAGGGACGGAGGGGGCCAGCCCAGGGGCAGGGGCGGCCCAGGGCUCGUCAGGAACGCGCACAGCGGUGGGAAACAGCGGAGGGGGCUCCCCGGGGAGUGAACGAGCAGUAGGAGGAGGAGCAGGAAACAAUUCGGGUGGAAACAGUGGGGGAGGAGGGGUUCUGGGUAGUGUGGGGCCUUCCAGCUCUGGCUGGCAAAGUUUGGAUGGUACGGGCAGCUCUCCGGAGGCCACCUCAGCCCAAGGACCUGGGCUUGGUAUUUUUGCUCAGUGGAGCGCCAACGGGGCUGGGAAGGGG